AUUUGUUUAUAACGUGAAUAUACAAUUCAAACUCGUUGAACACCGAAUAUUAUCGUGUUUACCUCUGCAAAUAUUUUAUAUUUCAUGCUUAUUGUUAACCCUAAGUAAGUUGGUACAUUUCUUAAUAUUUAUUUGUUGGUUAUUUUAACGGCUAAUUUCAGCCAGCUUCAGUUUAUUAUGCGUCAGUUUGAGCUGCUAGCAGUCUUAGCUUUUGUUUUUGCUAUCUUAAAUCAAUUAAUAUAAUAAUUGUUUUCCCCUAUGUUGCAUUAUAAAACACCAAUUUUGCUCUGAAGCUUAACUAAGCUCUUCGGUUCACGAAUGCUUAUAAAAUGUAUAGCUUGAAUGUAAUGCAAGUAACUUUGGAUAAAAGCAUCUGUCAAAUGUAAAUGCUUUAGUUGACCGGUUUAAGUUGUAAUACGUGUGAAGGCGGAACCUCAGUCUCUUGUAAACUUUGCUGUGUAAGGUUGGUCUGUUUUAAUGGGUUUGGUUUUUCACUGAGGGAAGGAUGAACAGUCAUAUGUAGUGUUGGUGAAGAUGGUGUGAAUCAACCUUUGGGUUUUUGGAGAUGAUCACAGAUGCAGCAUUACUGAAAACCACUUGAAUGAACCAUUCUCCAGUGAAGAUUUAAACAUAUGUGCUCACUUUUUGCUGGGAAAGUAACUUGAAGAACAUCAUGAGGCCUACAAAGCUCAGCCCAGCAGUUGCUCAACUAGAACAGUUUGGCUUGGUUAACAGCAAUGAUGAAGAAUGUAUGUCCUGUGUAAACCAGCAGUUAAAUCAAGCGAUUCAAAUUGAAGGUCUGAAGAUGUACAGCAUUUUUGAGUCACCUGUGUCAAUAGUAGGAGAUGAUCUCGAUUUAAUCUGUUCAUCCAAUCAAGGCGCUGUAUCGUAUAUCGGUGGAGUAAAUAGGGAUGCAUCCUGCACUCUUUCUGUUGGAAAUAACUUAUCGCAUGAUGCUGAUACAGUAUCCUCUUCCUUAUUCUGUUCUUCUCUCUCCACAUCAUCUUUAAGCCCCUUCUCUCCAUCCUUCUCUUCUCCUUCCUCCAACCACUCAUCUGGCUCUGUAUCUGAGCCGUGCCUCAGAUCUCCAUCUCUAGUCUCAACUCUCUGCGGUCCACCUGAGGGCCAGGACCCCUUCAGUUGCCCGCAGCAGGAAAAAACCCCAGAAGACUCCAUGUUUCCCAAGUCUCCCAAGAACGAACCUGUUGCUGAAUUUCACAUUUGUAGGAAUAUGAGUAAAAAGCUUCUACAUGUUGAAAACAAAGAAUUGCUUCAGUAUCUUUGUGCUGACUCUAACAUAGCCAAGGAACAAACCCAGCACCUUAAUGUUUACAAUGUCAAAAAACUUCCUAUACUACAGCAAUGCAAGAAUGACUCAGGACUGAGCGUAGAUGAUGGAGCAAAUGGCCAGCUGAGUAUUGGACACUCAUGUCAGUGGAUGGAUUGUAGGGCAACCUAUGGACGGAAAGAAGAACUGGUGAGACACAUAGAGAAGAUUCACAUCGAUCAGAGGAAAGGUGAGGACUUUACAUGUUUCUGGGCAGGAUGCGUCCGUCGACACAAACCCUUCAACGCUCGAUACAAGCUCCUCAUUCACAUGCGAGUCCAUUCUGGUGAGAAGCCCAACAAGUGCAUGUUUGAUGGCUGCAAUAAAGCAUUUUCCCGUCUGGAGAACUUAAAGAUCCACCUACGUAGCCACACUGGAGAGAAGCCCUACGUAUGCCAACAUCCCGGUUGUCUCAAAGCCUUCAGCAAUUCCAGUGAUCGGGCCAAACACCAGCGCACGCACCUAGACACUAAACCAUACGCAUGUCAGCUCCCAGGAUGCACCAAGCGUUACACGGACCCCAGUUCCCUGCGCAAACACGUCAAAGCCCACUCCAGUAAAGCCCUGCAGACACAGGACAAGGGCCAGCUACGCAGUAAGGUGGAGCAGGAAGUUGUGGAUGUGUGCCUUGGCCUGCAGCGUCUCCAUGGCUCUGCUCCUGCUGUACACAGCCCAGACCACAGGUGUUCUGGCUCCCUCACUAAGAUUCACCAAGAAAGCUUUACUGUAUAUUCAGAGGAAGACGAAUCCUGUACCAGAACCUUAGCCGGAGCCACCAGUAUGAGUCUGGGCCAGUCAAACAGACACUGCAAUAUAAAUGAUCACAACAAUUUGCCCAAUAACAAGACCAGUCAGCCAAGACUUUCUGAAUUAGUUUUUGGAUUCAACCUGGUCAGCGCUACAAAUGAACUACAGCCUGUCUCUGACAAACACAUAAACCCACAUCAAAAACUUAACCAGAUGUUUAAUGAAAUACCAAUAAAUCACCAAGUUUUUCAGGCCUCUUGUAAUCGACUUGAGCAUAUUUCCAGUAACGGAGGAGACGACCUGCACACUUUUGACCAAAAUGGAUUUCCUUUUACUUGCGUAAACUCAUCUGGAUACGGUCCAAUCCAGGACACCCCGGCAGUAAGUGGAAAUCACCUCCCUCUCUUGCCCUGUUCCAGUUGGCAUGUAUGAGCACUGUCUCGGUCAGAUCUGCUCUCUGUAGCCUGAGAAGUGAGCCACAGCUUUGAUC